GCAGACUUAGCAAAGUUCCAAAGUUUUCAGAAAACUAAAUUGGCAAUAUAAGCCUUAACUUAACAUCAAAUUUUUUGCCGCAAAAUUAAUAAUUUUUUUCCGUGCUGUUCAUUAAAAUACAGCGCGAGAUCAACUCGUUAAUUAGUUUUGUAAACUUUGCAGUAAGCCUUUUUCCCAUGGGGUUCACUUCAAUGGUUGCCAAACCUAUUAACAUUCGUUAUAAGAGUUGUUGUGACCGAUAUUUUGUGGUUACAGCAUCGACUUUUAAGAAGUGUUUGUGAGUACUUAAACAAAUCUAUAUAUCAGUCGCAAGUAGUGCAGAAGGAGAGCUUCGUUUCAUUUGCGCAAUGAACACCGGGCAGAAGGGAAAGUCGUUGGACAGAUUGGACCGCGAUGGCGUCGCUCAACAUCGAAACGUAAUGCACGAAAUAGCCAUGAAGAAACAAAUAUCAAUGUACCAAAGAGAAGAGAAAAUACUUGAGAGAGAACUUCGAGAGAUUUCUAAAGUCAAAGAAACUCUCUUGCAAAUAAGGGCACCGUUAAGGCGAAGGGUUCAAGCGGCCGCCAUUGAGGACAACUUGGAGGAAAGUUCAGGAACUGAGAGAAGUUUGAGAAAAACAUCUGUUGCUACGCGAAAAACAAGUGUGUCUACAUCAAGUGCUCAGGAAAAAUGCACGAAUGAAAAGGACAUGGCUGGUGCUUGCGCCUCGAAACUUCAAACGUUUCCUGGAAGGCCCUCGCUUCAAGAGGCUGCCCCUUCACCAAAUCCGCGACAACGCAAAAUAAGUAUGCAAGUGAGAACACACCAAAAUACUCCGCAGGGAAUAUCAGCUUUGCCACAGCGAAAGAUUUCGGCGCCGACGUUUGGCUCUAAAAAGAACGAAGUAUCCGAGGAUUGUGGCAAAAGUGGAUCAUUUUUGCCAGUCAUCAAAACACCGAACCCUCCAGCCGAUUGCAGCCCUUCGAUUAAAAGAAAAUCGCCAUUAAUUGACAGGCCUUUGAGUGGAGAAAAAAACAACGAAUCGGCCGAUAAUCGCAAUCGACCUCGUUCGCCAGCUUUGUUGACCCCAAUAGCCCCAAGUAGAGCCGAUACCAUACGCGCGCGCUCUGUACCCUGUGAUCUACCUUCACAUCUGGCCAAAACACCGCGUUCCCGAAAACCGGUUGACCCCGACGAAUGCGCUUCGCUAACCAUGGAAGAGACCCUCCGAAUCAAAGGAAAAUUUCGGCAAAUUGGCCAUUCUGUCAUUGCGACUGCUUUGCUCAAAGGGUUGAAGCAGAAGGGACAGCUUUCGUCUGAAGCUAUUCACAACAUGCACAAACCUAUUUCUUUAGACGAGGCAAAUGAGGCUAAAGUUGAGGUAAAUGAAGAAACUGAUGUAGCAGCAGCCGAAUUGAAAGACGAUGAAGAAGAUAAGGUGAAGCCCACAGGGCAAGGAGGAAAAUCGUUUAAAAAUCUUGCUCGUAAAACGAUCAAUGUGAACAGAAUGAUAGGUACAACUGGCCGGCGACGGGCACAGUCGGACCCUGUGCCCGAGAUGUCUGGCUCGGUUAAUAAGCCUUCUUUGCGGCCCAAAACGAGUGGAUUGUCAAUUGUGAGACACUCUGAUAAAGUACUUGUUCAAGAAAAGGCAGAAACUACAAGUGCGCAGCAAAGACGGAAAGAUAGCAACGAAACCCAAAAAGAUUUCAAUACACAAGGAGACGAAAGCGAAAACAGUUCACAGAAUCAACAAAUGUACAAGAAACAUAGUACAGAGGUUGAUCCCUUGAGACCCUUAAUGAAUCCGCGCACGGCGCAUGCGCGCAGGAGGAAGGUCACUGUGACUGGAGAUGCAAGGGACUACAGCGAACAGGCCGACAAUAUGGCGAAAGAUACAAGGCCACAGUCAGCUCAGUUAGAUGAAUCAACCACCGCAAAUAAAUCUGUGCGCUUCGCUUCGGAUGCUUGGACGUAAAAAGAUUAACGCUUUAAUCUUUUGCUGCGUGUAAAAAUCAUGCAACCGUCUCAGAUUAAAGAUAAUAAUAUUCAAAAUAAAAAUAAUAAUAAUAAUAGUAAUGAUAACAAUGAGACAUUUAUCUAUGCGAGGUCGAGGAUGUCGAUAUUCCCGUGUUAUAAAAUAAUUUUGGCGUCAAAGCCAGUCAGUUUUUUCGUUUGAUAGAUGUUUGCCGUGGUUUUUUUAUGACGUAUCAGAUACCACACAAAAGUGACGUCACUAAAAACAUGGUUGAACAACGUGACAAAUAUUACCAGAGCCGUGGCAGAAAAAGGAAGCUUCUUUCAGGUCACGUGUCGAAUGAAAGCCUUGAAUUUGAUUAAAAGCAAAAUUGCAGGGAACAAAUAUGAA